AUGUCUGGAAUUGAGUUGUACAAUUUAACUAAUGGGAGUGAAGUAUAUUCUCCCGCGUUGAUUAUCCAUGGCAGGUGCCAUUCCCCUAAAGCAAGAUAUAUUGAUGUGCUGCAUAAUUCUUUGCCAAGCUUGCGCUAUGAGGUUAAUGCGCAAGGGUUUAAGGCGCUGGUUCAUAUGGUUAGGGGUCAAAAUGUACUGACUUUUGUUACAAGUGAGAAUGAGCAGUUAAGCAUUUCAACUGUAUAUGCUCCGCAAAUGUCUAAUCCACCUAUUCAUCUUUGUAUUCUAGUUGGGAGAGAUUCCCCACUGGAGUUUGAUUCUCCAGCAACUCAAAAGGCAAAGGAAGGCGGGAAUGGUUUGGAAUUGGCCAUUGCAAAGUUGCGGUGCGGUGCUCGGUUGAUGCAGGCAUUUACCAAUGAGCAGCUUUUGCGUAGUGGGUUUGGUCAUCGAUGCUUCCGCUUUGUCGAAGAAGGUGUACAAGAUACAUUAUUCAGAAUACCAGAACAGCGUGAAACAAUUAAAAUUCAUGUUUUGCGGUCAAGAUUAACCACUGCAGAGAUUAGGGAUCCCAAUAUAGCCCAGCAAAACGAAAAGGCUACAAAUAGGGCCGGGCUAUUCGGAGUUGCAAUGGAUGCUCUCAGAGAUUACGGUGGAGUUUUUUCGAAUCCGAAUGAGACAGCUCAAGCGGCGGUGUUGUUCUUGGAUUCUCAUUGGGACCCUAAAUUGAAGUUAAUUAGGGGCCAUGCUGCAUUGGGCGGCGGUGAUUCGAAGAUUAAGCUCGCCAUAUUUGGCUCACAUGGAUUGUAUUCUUGGCCGAAAACUAUUGAAGAUGUUCCUAUGUACUUUACAGAUACGACUCCUAUUAGUCCAAAUGAGGUAGCUAACGACUGUAACGAGUGCGGCACCCAUUGGGAGUGUCUAACUGUGACUCUAGGAGCAUUCAUGCAUGAAAUCGGCCACUUAUUGGGCUGCCCUCAUCAAGAGAACGGCGUGAUGCUUCGUGAUUACGUUAGAUUGAACAGGUCUUUCUUGACCAGGGAGGCGUAUUGUACAAGGACUAGAAACCAUGGUGCAGCACCCCCGAUUUUCCCCGUUGAGGAAUGUACGUGGCAUAGACUAGAUCUAAUAAGGUUUCUCUUCCAUCCCUCGUUUACAAUCCCUUCAGACUACAAAGACCCGGCUUUUAUGAAACCAGGCAAGCUGGGCAACUCUCCAUAUCCAAGAUCAAGUUUUUACCCCUUAGGAAAUGGACAAGGCAUGAUAACUAGUAUGUCUGGUAUUUAUUGUAUUGAGUUGGUUUGUGAUGAUAUCGCUUGUUCUCACUUAGAAUACUUACCGCAAUCCGUGGGCGGAAUUGGUACACAACGCGAGGUUUUAGUUACGCUUGAUGAAUUAAGAGCGAAAUUACCGCCAACUAAACUUGCGAAACAUCGUAAUACAUUUAAGCUAAAGGUUCAUUCAGUAAAUGCCGAACCGGCUGAAUUUUCCAACUUCCCAAAGUUAGUGGAAUCUAGCUUCAUAUCGCUAGCCCAAUAUGGCUACCCACCGCAUGUAAGUGGAGUGAAAUCAUCACUUUUAGGAAGCGAUACUAGGGGACAAGAUAUUGGGAUUAUUCCAGUUAAUAUGGAUAAUGUAAACAGAGUUCGUGUUUAUCAUGGUGGUGCCCUUGAUGGAGUGAGGUUUUAUUUCCGAGAAGAGCAUGCAACACUUCAACCAUCUCCGAACAAAUACUUGAGUAGAUUUAAAGAGUCUGUCUCAUCUUUUAAACCACCAAACAGCAAUGAGGCUGUAUUAUUUGGCCGUCAGACAUCUAAUUACACGGAUUUUGUUUUAAAGGAGGGCGAGAAAGUAGUCGGUUUUAAUGUAAAAAGCGGCUUUUGGGUAGAUGCAAUUCAGGUUAUAGCAAGUUCCGGUAGGGCAAGUCCGAUGUUAGGAAACGCAGCAGGAGGUGGUGCAGGUUCACUGAUCCCACCACAAGGUAGCAAAAUCUUAGGUUUAUACGGUAGAGUUGGCCAAUGGGUGGAUAGUAUCGGUAUUAUAUAUGGGGUUAUUUAA